AUGACUGAAGAGCCUCAGAUGAGCUCUAUCCAGCAACGGAUCGCCGCCCUGAACCAGUCGCAACAGGCCCGCCCACCGGGAGGCCCUGAACCGCCAAUCUUCCGCCCGUCCCCCGAGCGGAGCGCGUCAGCCAACAACCCUCCCUCAUACGACGCAGUCGGCUCUGUGGCAGAUAGAUCAGCUAUCGGAAAUGAACCCGCAGAUGACAGAACCCAAAGGCCGGUCCUGCGACCGCCUCCUAUGGAAACACUGCGACCUGAAGUGAAACCAAAGCCGAAAGCCCCUCCGCCAUUGCCCACACGAAAAUCAGAUCGCUUGGCUCCCCCGACACCAGCUCGCCCUGCACUCCCACCGCGUGUCCCGUCGAAUCAAGAUCGCAGGCCCUCCUUUGAGUCGACUACGUCCGAUGCGUCGUAUUCAACAACGUCGACAGCGACGUCCGCGGGGCGAGGGGCAUCAACGACCUCGGUGAACUCCGUUGGGAACAACCGCAUCAAGGCGCCCGCAUGGGGAGAGGCAAAACUGCCUGAACUUCCUCCAAAGCGACCUAAGGAGCAGGUUAGCUUGGAACCACCCCCGCGGCCUACAAUUAGUAGUAAGAGGAGUUUUGGGAGCCUGUCAUCCAAAUUGACCUCUAAAAUAUCCCUGCCGGGGGCCAAGCCGCCUGUUCCUUCUCCUCCAAGUCAGCCUGCACGGCCAAGUCAACCUCCUCGCCCUACUCAGCCUCCACGCGGGGAGACAGAACUAGAGCACCCGGUGCCUCGACUACCACAACGCCCGCGAUCAGCAGUCCCUGCAGAAACAAAUAAUAUUACUGAUGACUCCCGUCCCAGUCUACCGAUUCGUAGAACCCUACCUCCACCACCAUCUACUACGCCGGUGAAAGAUCCUAGACAACUUGGAUUUGGCAACAAAAGCCCAAGCAUUCCACCUAGGCCGAGCAGCACUACCGCUAAAGGGACGCCGCCUCCUAUCCCACACAGCUCUCGUCCAGACUUAUCUAAAAUCUUGGCCACAAAGCCCCGAUUGAAUGGAUCGACGGUCUCCCCGAGCCCUCCAGCCCUUACAUCAGACACAGAAUGUUUGGUUUGUCGGGACUUCUCAGGGCCUGACAAUCAUGCUGCCCGAUAUCCUCGUGCAUCGCUUCCCACCCAGGAUAUGACAUGGUUAGCAAAUGAGCUGACGGCACCCUUCCCAUCCUUGACAGACAAGGCUCGCGCGAUAUUUACUUGGUUGCAUCACAACAUCUUCUACGAUACCCAUGCCUUCUUUAACAACUGUGUCAAGCCAUCCACGCCGGCCAGCACAUUGGCAAGUGGAUUAGCAGUCUGCGAAGGCUACGCAGGAUUAUUCGCCGCGUUAGCCACCCACGCAGGCCUAGAGGCAAUAGUAGUAGGCGGCCACGGCAAGGGCUUUGGACACACCGCUCUUUCCCCCGGAGCUCCCGUGCCCCCAUACAACGGCAACCACGCCUGGAACGCCGUCAAGAUUGACGGUGGCCGCUGGAAGCUCAUCGAUGCCUGUUGGGGCGCCGGAGCAAUCGAGGGCGCCGGACAGCCCUACAAGCAACGCUUCGAACCAGCGAUGUUCUCAAUCUCAAACGAAGAAUUCGGCCUAAAACACUUCCCAGAAAACAAACGCCAUUUCUUCCGCGAGGAUGGACGUCCCGACCUCACAUGGGAAGAAUACAUCCUCACCGACCCAGAACGACCAAACGGCGUCGAGUCUCUCAAGGUCUACAGCGACGCGGACAAGCGCACCAUCGGCCGCAAAACCUUCUACCCACAAGGCCUCCACAUUUCCAUUAGCACGCCAGGCCCAAUACGCUUCCAAUUCGGCCUCCUCUGUCCGCAUUGGACACUCGCUCGCCAUAGUCACAUGCAAGCCGGCUUAUUCCUACUUAUGGUUCAUGGUGUGGACGGACGUGAGGAUGACAGACUUCCUUUCACUCAUGUGCCAGGCUCGGGUCCCGCGGGAGGUGGCGAGUUCUGGUAUGUGGAUGUUCCUAGUGCGCGGAUGCUAGGUGCGCCUGGUCAGAAAUUGCAGUUGGCUGUGUUGACUAGCUUCGGAGAUCGGAAGGAUGCGGACGGUGUUACGGCUCAGGAGUUUCGGGAGAAGGUUGGUCGGGUUGGGAUGGCUUGGGCUUAUGUUGCUGAGUGGGAGCUUGUUCGGUAG